CAAACUUGCAUUUCGGUUUAUAUUACAACAAACAUUGCCCCCAUCAUGCCGCAAACUAAACGAAACUCAACGCGUGCCGUCUUCACAAGCCACGAACGCGCGCUCGCCAAGUCCAACUGGACCGACACCUCGGCCCGCCUUAGCAGAGAUUCUUUUCUCCCGUUUGGUAGCUGCGGUUUAUGUCUUGAGAUUGCUCGAGAUCCUGUCGCGUGUCAACGCGGUGAUUUGUUUUGCCGUGAAUGUGCGUUGACCAACUUGAUGGCCCAAAAGAAGGAGCUGAAACGAAUUGAAAAGGCCAAGAAGAACGCUGCUGCCGAAGACGAACAGCGCAAGGAAGAAGAAGAAGCGAAACAAAAGGAAAAAGAUGUCAAAAGUUUCGAACUGACGCAGGCCGGGCUUUCCAAAAUUGAAGGCCCCAAGAAGCGCAAAUUUGACACGGGCAGAGAGAGCGAGGCCAAGCUGCGAAAGACGGAUGAUGGCGACGCAAGGGAAAUUUUGCCCUCGUUCUGGACACCAUCGCUCACUCCCGAUGCAAACCCUUCUGUUCAUCUCGCCAAGAUCAACAAGACCAAGACUGCUGCUGUAUGCCCAGCAUCCACAUCCGAUACUCAUGUGUUCUCCAUGGCCAAGAUGAUUCCCGUCAACUUUAGCGAAGAACGUUCAACGACCUCCGCAGACCCUGUACGCUCUUGUCCAUCUUGCCGUAAGACACUUUCCAAUUCUCUGGCUGCCAUCGCCGCCUCGAAAUGUGGCCAUGUGCUGUGUCGCAAAUGCGUCGAUCAAUUCCUUAUCAAGCCAACCAAAGACAACCCAGGCCCUGAUGACAUGCCCAUCAUGUGCUUUGUCUGUGAUAUACCGGUAGCUUUGGUUCCAUUUGGCGCGGGAAAGACAAAAGAACUCCCUGUUGGUCUAGUGAUUAUCAAAUCCGAAGGCACUGGAUUCUCAGCCAAGGGAGCAAAUACUGUCGAACGCUUAAGCACAAUGUUCCAAUGCUGAAAUAUAAUACACAUUUAUCAUCUACCAAAACGCUACACUCUACUAGCCACUCGCUUCGACUUCGCUGCCAGCCACGCCUUCACCAUUAGCCUGUGCGUGAAGCCCUUCGCCGCCAUUGUCAAGCCGUGGCUUACAAAGCCCUUAAGAAUCUCGCCCUGCAUACCAUCAUACAAAGCCCGAAACCCGUCCUUCGCUACCAAGGCCACUACGAGCCCGAAAAUGGACCCUCUGAACAGCCUCACAAGCCUCACAUACAACCCAUCCUGCUUCUUCUUACCAUUCUUCUCAUCCUCCUCAGGCUGAUCAUGCAACUGCAGAUGCGCCUUAGCUGCCUGAAACGGAUAUGUUGCUGCCGUAGCAAUAGCCUUGCUUGUCGCAGCUAGCAGAAACGCAAUCCAUGCUACCGGAAUAUCCUCCUCCUCCAAGGCCGCAACAAUCUUAUCCGCUAGGCGCCUAUUGAUCAAAAACGUCAAGCUCGGGUUCAAUGUAAGCACCAGAGUAGCCGAGUACCCCGACCAGAGAGCCGCAAUACCGCCCUCUGCACGAAUCUCCCUGAGCGUGUGCGCCAUGCUCUUAUCCGUUUCGGAGGUCUGUUUCCGCGCUACAACAUUCGCCAAUGGCGUUGUGCACGCCUUUGCACAUGCACCAGCUACCGCACCGUACGCUAGUUCCUGCCAAAUUUUAGGGUGCCGAUUGCGCUGUCGAAAGUAGUUGUAAAACCCAAAGAACAGGAAGCUGUCGAUGAGGGACUUGGCGAUAUCGGUGCUAGCGCCGCGGUAGAGUGCGCCCAUGCCCUCAUUUUUUAUAAUUUUUCGGAAGGCAUCGAUUAUUCCGUCGUAG